UGUCGUGACAACCGGCGCUUACAGGAAAGUCAAAGCUAAAAUCUGACUUCUGACAGCUAAAGUUUUCUCCUAACGUUUACUCCUAACUCGUUGUUUGGCACCAAUGGAUUCGGGUGAGUUAUUUGCAGAGAGGAUACGUGCCGGUUAAAAUGCUGCCGACCUGCAAAGGUGUUGCUGCAGUCCCGGGGCGAGGAUUCGUGGAGCCGGGGGAAAGCAAACAAAGUGACGGCCUCAGAGGAGCACAAAGCGGGGAAGAGAGACGACAAGGCCUCGGCGUUCAGGAGUGGCCCGACGGAUCCAGAUAUGAGGGAGAGUUUGUGAACGGGUUCAAACACGGCAACGGGAAGUACACCUGGAGAAAUGGAGAGUUCUAUGAGGGCUCUUUCUACAAAGACUACAGGCAUGGAGAUGGAGUGUACUGCUGGCCCACAGGCCACAGGUUCACUGGCAAGUUCUACCUUAACAGAAAGGAAGGAUACGGACAGCAACAGUUCCCUGACGGAGCCAGCUUUCAGGGUUUGUACCACGCUGACCAGAGGUUCGGUCCAGGUGUGGUUACCUAUCCAGAUGGGCGUAAAGAUGUGGGUCUGUGGCUUGGGGAACGCCUGCUAAGGCUCUGUACCUCAGUGAAAGAGGGCUUCAGCCUGGAGAAGUUUCCGGAAUAUGCUGCCUACAUGGACUCACCUGCCAUCACAGAUUAUAUGACUCAGCGUCCACCUAGUCCACAGAAAGAAGCCACAAUGGACUCUAAGGUGGAUAGAGAAAGGGAUCUGCAGUCAGACGAGAAUUUUAUCCUCCCCCCCGGCAUGGAGAGUUACUCAACAGAUGGUGAUCACUUGCCGCUGCCUCCUGGCCGAAGAAGAGAGCUGGAUCAGCACUUCUACGGCGAGCUGUGGGAACCAGACUCUUAUCCGCACCACGGCUAUGAGCGAGACCCUCUCUCCAGCCUGCCAUUACAGGCCCGCAUGCAGGCUCACAUACACAAACACAGGCUACAGGCUGAAAAUGUGGGCUGGGAUGUGGCAGCUGUUCUCUCUCUGAACAGAGACAGUUCUGGUCCUAAAGGGCUUUUGGAAGUCAGUUCAGAGCUGUUGAUCCAGCACUCCUCCCGAGGGGACUUGCAGGCCGUGUCACAGGUCCUCCAGACCGGUUUGGUCCACCCUGAUGUGGCAGAUUCACAGGGACACACUGCACUGAUCGCUGCCACAGUAAACUGCCAUAAUGAUGUCAUCCAGCUGUUGUUGGAUAUGGGUGCUGACAUUGACAAGAUAAACUGUGAAGGAAUGUCUGCCCUGGCUGUGUGUCAUGUCCUCUACUACCCCUUCCAGUCUCUUCACAACACUUUGGUUGAACCACCCGCCAAAACCCAAGUUUCGAGGUCUGCUUCUGCAUGUGGGAGCAGUCCCCAGAUCAGCCAAGUGGACUUCCUUACUGACACACCAAGGACAGAAGAACUAACAGAGCACAUUUUACACCACAGCAGUAACGUGUCUUAUAGCAGUGAGCUUAUCACUGAGCGCUGGCCUGGCCUGGAUGAACCUGAGACAGACACUGAACACCUAAAGGAGGAGAGGAAAGAAACAGAGAGAGAGGAAAGAGAGGAUACAGAAAGAGAGGGAAGGGAGAGAGAAAGAGAAGAAAUGAGCCGCAGGGAGGAUGAGAAUGAGAGCAAAGGGGAGGAAAGAGAGAUAGAGAGCAGAUGUGGUCAAACUUGGGAAAAUGAAGAAAGCGAGUUAGAGGGUAAGGAAAGAGAAUUUAAGAAGAGAGAGGAAGAUGUUGGACUUGUUGAGAGGAGAGAAACAGAGGCAGGAGAUGAGAAUAUUGAGGAAGACCUGGAAGAGGAAGUAAGGAGUAUUCAUGAAGAGGAUAUAAAGGAGGAAGGGGAGAGAGGAAGUGAGGAUGUGGCUGGUGUGGAGCGCUCCAUUCAGGUGAUGGAUGGUGGCAUCGCACUGGGCAGCGUGCAGUGGACAGAACAUCGAGCAGGAAGAGUUCAGCAGGUCAAAGACAGAGAAGUGACCCCGACCCCGACCUUUGACUCGGCCUGCUCUGUCAGCAGCUUUAGAAUCCAGGUGACGGAGGAAGCGAUGCAGCACUCAGCAGAGGCGCUGAGUCGCACAGGGCUCCCUCAGAGCUCUGACACUCAGGAGACUGUACGCAAAAUGGCCGCCAUGAAAACUGAACACCGUGUUCGUCUGAACAUCCUGAAGCUGUUAUUGGAUCGUGGAGCUGACCCUAACACAUCCAGGGUCCCCAUGCCUGUCCUCUUUUUAGCCAUUAUGGCGUCUGACACUGAGGCCGUCAGGAGACUGCUGCUGUGUGGAGCUCGCACGGACAUUCCCCUACCACCAAAGAGGAAGGGUCUGAAUCCCCUGCAUGUAGCUGCUGCCCUGCCGGGUCCAGCAGGUCCCAGAAUCACAGAGCUGCUGCUCCAUGCCAUCACUGACCCAGACGCACAGGCAUGCGACCAGAGCGAGAUCUAUGAACCAGAUAAGAUUUUCCAGAAAGCGAAGGAGGCACUGAGCAGCAGUGAGGGUCCACAUCUCAAAGAAGGAGGCCGUACGGCCCUGCACGUGGCCUGCCAGAGAGACGCUGACUAUCGGAAUGCCAGUAAAGUGGUAGCCCUCCUGCUGUCCCACAGAGCCAGCACUGACCUCCUCUGGAGCGGACACUCCCCUCUCUCCCUGGCUAUAGCAAGUGGCAAUGACUUGGCAGUGGAGGAGCUGUUGAAGGGAGGUGCAGAUCCCAACAUCCCGCUGGGCCGCAGGGUGGGCAGCGCCCUCUGUGCCCUCGCCAACAUCAAGUACCACUUAGGUGGCAACAGACCCAAACUGCUGGAGAUGUUAGCUCAGGCAGGUGCCGACAUCUUGAUGCCCGUUAUGGUGGGGGAUGUUGUUGGAACAGCAGUGGACUUUGCACACUACUCCUGCAACCAGGACUUGCGUAUUGACAACACUCCCUUCCACGCUCUGAGCAUGCGGCAGAGAGAAACAUUCAAAGCACGGCGCCAGCUGCUGAGCAUGAUGGGAGAUCUGCUGAGACAGACUGCUGCCCAGAGAGAGAUAGAACAACACCAUACAACGAAUAUUACCAGUAGCACAGAGAGGUUUGUUCACACAGGGGCAGGUCCAUCAAACGGGCCCCUCCCCAGCUGUGAAAGUAUACCACCCACAACAGUAACACACAGGAAUCCUGCCUUUAAGUUCUGCUAUCACUGCGGUCGCUCUGUGUCCGUGAAGCUGACCGUGUGUAGCCGCUGCCACAACGUCUUCUACUGCUCCAGGAACUGCAAACUGAAAGCUUGGGAUGAAAGACACAAGGAAGAGUGUAUCCGGGUGUCAGCAUCUGCUCAUGGCUUCCAGAAGAGUGUUGUGUUAAAAUCCCCAAGGGGCCCCAGGCCCUUGACUGCCAUGUUGAAAUCCAAAACAGUCCCCCGGCCCCUGAGUCUCAAGUUGAAAUCCCACAGAGUCUCCAAGCCUCUGAGCAUGGCAGAGAAGGUAUUGGAGAGCCAGGUCAACCUGAAGGAAAACUACAGCUGCAACUGAAGGAUACUAAACGUUUAAUACUUAAUAACAGCUUUUCUACCUAACAUUGAAAUGCAUUUUGUUACAUCAUUAUUUGUUUUCAGAUUUUGAGCCUUAUUAUUAUUUAUUUAGCUGAAUGGAAUGAAUAUAUUUUAAAAUAUGUUGUGCCAUAAUCAUCUUUCUUUGGCAUUUUUAGACUUGUAGUUUUGCAUCUGUUAUUGUAUUAUUAAAUAAUGUAAUGAUUGGUGCACCUAUCUGUGCUAUCGUCACAGAAGUAUCGAAUUUGCAUAUUAAAACCAGUACCAGUAACUUUAAUAUAAUAACUUUUUAUCAUGA